GUUGAAAGAAGGCUAUAAACAGUGGUCGAUUUAGAUAUGUUACUUUCCAUGUUGAUCAUCUUCAGAUUUACUUCGUGUCUAGUAUGUAUCAAAGGGGAAGUACAUGAAAAAGAAGCUGAUUCUGGCUUGUUUUGUUUCCGAAGCUGUAUUUGAUCACUAACAAGUAGCAGUUGAAAAGUUGAGCAUGGAUGCUGAGUUUCUGGUUCAGUAACGCUGCACCUUGAUGGAAGUAGAUAAGUUAGAUAAUUGCUGAUCCUUUUAAAAGGAUUGGAAGUUGGUCUAUUUGCUAACAAUCGACUCUGUUUCCAUUUAUGAGUUCUUCCUUGCAGUAGUCGAGACUGUCACAGUUUUCUGUCUUCGAUGUAGCCGUGUAUGAAGUUUUUAUAGAGAGCUUUCUGGCCUCAACUAUCCAAUUUCUAGCCGUCUGUUCUUUGGUUAGGUUUAGUUUCAUAAAACUCAUAGGAGUAAGAUGAUCGGGUGAACUUCAGUGUGUGGCUUUUGCACCUUCAUUUCUUCUAUCAUUAGUAAGAUAUAUCCAACAGCUUUGGUUCUUUUUAUUUCAGGCGUUGUGAAAUCCAAGAAAUCCUUAUGGCGACUGAAGACAUUCACAGACUUCUUUUGGGCUAUCAUCAACUUGAUUUCUGUGUUCUUCGCUACCAUGUUUUCAAUGGAAAAAUCAGAUGCUUACCGAAAAGGAUCUGGUGGUAGCAAGAAAUGGGACGGCGGAGGACCUGGAGGUCCUGGAAGUGGACCAUAUGGUGGUGGGCCGGGUGGACCGCCUAGAGGAGGACUUGACAACGUUCGAGGACUGAGGGACGUUCGUGGUGGUGAUCACAGUUCCUUGCCUGCUUGUGGCUCGUGCUGCGGCUAGAUGGAGAGAGGUGUGUCCUCUCCGAUUUCUGGUGAAUGCUUCCUUCUUGUUCAUCUUCAGGUUGCAGAAUGUAACGUACUCUACUAGGAUGGAGCGACAUGUAUAGAACUCUGAAGAUAUAUACGCGGCCUGUCUGUUUGAAUGUAAAAGUUCUUAUUUUUCGGCAUAACUACUUAUCCAUCAUUCCAUCUGAACAACUUAAUAAUUAGCUUCCUUUGUACUUGUUUGUUUUGUAUGUGGAGAACCAUCGGAAUCUCUUGGACCCUGACAAUUGACAAACAAGUGACCUGUGUAAUUUGAUUCAGUUUUUUAGGUUAACGACGUGGCCUGCUGAAUGAACCUUUACAACUUGCAAGGUAGCCAUUGAUUGCAGAGUACUUCAGAUUUAGGCCAAGACAUUAGCAAUAACAGCAUUUAGGCCAAGACAUUGCCAUGCCAUCAUGUCAUGGUUGACGCCCGCUUGAUCAUUCCAUGUUCGCCAUGGU